ACACUCAAGCGGUGCAGAGUAUUAUGUAUUGGCAUCCUGCAGCGCGGUUUCAGGAUCCAAGGUCUGGUUAUGGCAGAAGGAGCUGGGAAAGGGAUGAAUUGGCGGUUACGUAGUUGUCCAACCUGGGGCAGCUUUGCUAACCGACGGCGAAGUUUGAGAGACGGAGCAUGCAACAGCCAUGAGAGGCAGACGUGGUCUGGCUGUUCGCUUGCUUGCCUGUCAUCGUCGCACAGGGUCGAUGCAUUGGGUGUUGGAGGAUAAGACUCGAGACCGGCAUUGUCGUGUAGAGGUAUGCAUGCUCGGCUUCGGACUUCCUGCGCAAUUGAUUUUCAAGGAGGAUAGCCGAAUGAACUUAUUGAACGCGGUUUGUAUACGUGCAGAAGUGGUGCUGGGGUUCCGAAGUUCUCUUGCGUUUGGAUAUGAUCUCGCGCUGGACGCGUGCAACGCAAGUUAUCCGUCUCUCUACCUCUCACGGGGUUAUGUCUCCCACCGAACAAUACAAACAUCAAGCCAUCCCUUCAACUCCAAAAUGCUUCGUUUUUCCCCUCUGCGAAGUUAUUCUGCAAUUCCCAAUCUGGCAAACCGACCCCCCUCAUAUACUCAAAUUACCUCGAGCCCUACCACCCAAUCAUCCCCCCUCAACCUCAAACAACCGCAAUAAACAUAAACAUCAACUUCCAUGACUUCAAUCAACAAUUCCUCGCACAUCUCGGUCAAACUGCUGCAAAUUCUAACAAUAGCGUUGCGAGGUUCCCAGAAGUAAUUGUAGAGACUGCAUACCCCGCAGAUCAUUGGGAGUUUGGAGUUAGUAAGACAAUUUGGCGCACGAGGAGGAGAGUGAAGGAGAUUGUCAACACGAGGGUUCCAGCUCGAGGAGCGACUAUUUGUCCAGAGGAACCUAUCAGAUGCCUAGAAAACAGCUACGGUAUUUAUUCUUCUCUGGCUUUUGGGGCUCCGCGACGAGAGCAGGAUAGCAGAGCCGGCAAGGUGAAUUGAGUAGAGUAGAGUAGAUCAUGAGCG